UGAUUUUGCAUUUCUGGGGAGGAGAAUUGUAUGCAAACAAUACAGUUCUCCUCCCUGUCAGCUUGUGCACACUGCUUUGGAUGGCUGUGCGCAGCACAGCCAUCCAAAGCAGUUUGAUUACAGUGAAGCACAGACACACAGACACAAGUAAAACAGCACACAGCUCACAGGUAACUCUUUGAUCGCCCUUCAUGUUAACCCCUUCCUGCCCAGUGCCAUUAAUACAGUGUCAAUGCUUUCUAUUAGCACUGAUCACUGUAUUGGUGUCACUGGGGAUGUCAAUGACACCAAGUCAGUUCUCCCCAGUGUCAGAAUGCCUGCUGCAGUCCCGCUAC